GGCCAAGUGACUUGAGUGGUGAUCCCGAUGCCGACUAGUAACGACGUUUACAUAAACUUACUGGAGGUGCGCACGCUGAGCGCAGCGCUAGCCUUCUCCCACAAUCUCCAUCGGCCGACCGAUGAGCUCAUGUCUCUCUUGAGUCUUGGGUUCCUUCUUCAGUUUUAACGUUUUAGCCCCCACUAACAGGUCUACUUGUACCUGUUUCCCAUGUCCAACACACCGGACGAGUCCCCCGCUCAGCUUUACGCCGAGAAAACGUGGCUGGCUGGCAGCAUUAUGACCGGCGUCGGCUAUGGCAUUGUCUUGGCUCUUUCCUGGCUCUGUCUGCAGUCAUUAUGGUACCGUACGCGAAUAAAGGACGCAGAUUAUACUAGGAAUUGCUUUUUUCUCGGCUAUGUCUGCGUCAUGUUCACCCUAGGGUCGCUUUUCAUAGGUUCCAACUCCCAAUUCACCCAGCUCGCCUUCAUAAACGACCGAAAUUAUCCAGGUGGUCCCAGUGCGUGGGAGGUUGAGAUGUUUUCCAUCGCUGUGGAUGAGAUAUCCAAUGUCUCUUUUGUCUUGGCAGAUUGGUGUGCUACAGCACUCAUGGUCUGGCGCUGCGUGAUUAUAUACCGUGAUUGUGGAAUUUGUCCAUGGCCAAUCCUCGUGAUGCUAGGGACCAUGCUCCUUUCAUCUUUCGUGCUCGGCACCCUCUUUCUCUACCAGAUCUCAUCCCCAUCGUCAUCACCAUACUCUGCUGCUGGCAUGACUGUGAAUUUCACACUCCCAUACUUUUUCUGUGAACUUGCCACCAAUAUAAUCGUCACCAUCCUCAUCGUACUCCGCCUAUACUUCUAUCGUCUCCACAUGAAGCAAGCAUUACUAGGUCCUAGACACGUAGUGGAACACACUAGUGUCGAGUCGAUGAUUAUUGAGAGCGCUGCGAUUUACUCCACGUUCUCCUUACUAUUCUUGAUCCCAUUCGCGACGGGAAGUCCUGUUGCUAAUGUAUUCAUGCAAGUGCUCGGAGAGGUACAACUCAUUGCCCCCUUGCUGAUUAUAUUCCGCGAGGCCCAAGGGAACGGCUGGAUUAGCUCCGCACUAUCUGCGGCAUCUUCCAGUAAAACCGCUGUCCCAUUCUCCGAUAUCGAGUUCACGUCUCAGCAUAUACGUAACGAGGGCCUCAAAUCUACCGACUAUAGAGACGCCUCCACAACUGCAGAGGAAGGUCUUAAUAUUGAUAAUGGUGAUAACGUUGUAGAGGUUCCGAGAACGGAGGAUUACACCUAGUUGGUCGCAGGGGCCCUGACGAUGUAUUCCACAUAUCGCAUUAUGUAUUUGUAUCAUAUCUUCACACAUUGCUCAAUGUAUCAUAAAGUAGGCUAAGACAACAUACGACGAAAAUGAAUGCGAUACUACUAGUAGCCUGA